CACAAGUCCAAAUUCCAGACGCCGACGGACGCGGCUGCCGGCCUGGCGCUGGCGAGAGCCGCAGGAAAGAGAAGAGAAAGAAAGAGCGCAGGCAGGCUGCGGGCAUCGGCAGUCGGCACCAGUCAAAGCCACCGUUUUGAUUCCCCUUCCGUUAGUAAAACCUCUGCCUCGCCGACGCCCACCAAUAAAGUCCACAGCCAUUUCAUUUUCUUCUUUCCCCAAUUCCCGUCCAUCAGCUCGCAGUCGCACCAGCGACCAGAGCAGCAGACCAAGCAAGCGCGAGGGAGAGAAGAGACGAAGAAGAAAAGAAAAGCCGGAGCUCUGCCGAGCUUAGUCCGCGGAGGCGGCGACCGGCGACGCGUAACCAUGGAGCGGGCGGAGGAGGCGCAGCCCGCCGCCGAGCGGAGGGCGCCCUCGACGGCGCCGUCGGCGCGGGUGUCGAUCUGGGAGUCGGUACGCGCGUGCGGGGUGUGGGGGAAGGAGCUGGACAAGGCCGAGCUGCGGAGGCAGGUCGUCAUGCCACGCUACCUGCGCCGGGCCGUCGCGGCCGCCGUCAAGGCCAAGGACGAGGCCGCCGGCGUGGCGGUGGCGGCGGCGGCCGCGGAGGACCGCGCGGGGGAGGACGCCGACGGCCCGGCGGUGGCGCCCGUGGUGGUGUUCGUCAACUCGCGCAGCGGCGGGCGCCACGGGCCCGAGCUCAAGGUGCGGCUGCACGAGCUCAUCACCGAGGAGCAGGUCUUUGAUCUUUCCGUUGUGAAGCCUUCAGAUUUUGUUCACCAUGGUUUGAGUUGUUUGGAGAGGUUAGCUGACCAAGGCGAUAACCGUGCGAAGGCUGUUCGUGAGAAAAUGAGGAUUGUGGUUGCUGGGGGUGAUGGUACAGUUGGUUGGGUGCUUGGAUGUCUCUCAGAUCUUUAUAAGAUGAAAAGGGAACCGGUUCCACCUACAGGAAUCAUUCCACUUGGUACAGGAAAUGAUCUUGCUAGAUCGUUUGGAUGGGGUGGCUCUUUUCCCUUUGGUUGGCGCUCAGCUGUAAAGCGUUAUCUCAGCAAAGCUUCCAGAUCUCCCAUUUGCCGUCUUGACAGCUGGCAAACUGUAAUUCAGAUGCCAGAAGGAGAAAUAGAAGAGUUGCCAUAUGCACUUAAGAAAGUAGAACCUGUAGACCGGUUGGAGAUCAGCCAGGAGAACGGUACAGAGUUAUCCGAAAAGGCUUCUUUCUAUAAAGGAGUAUUCUACAACUACCUUAGCAUUGGGAUGGAUGCUCAGGUUGCAUAUGGCUUCCAUCAUCUUCGUGAUGAAAAGCCAUAUCUUGCACAAGGACCAGUUGCAAAUAAGUUGAUUUAUGCUGGAUAUAGCUGCACUCAGGGGUGGUUUUGUACACCUUGCACAGCGAGUCCACAGCUAAGGGGGCUUAAGAACAUUUUGCGACUUUCCAUUAAAAAGGCCAAUUGUUCAGAGUGGGAGCAAGUGAAAAUGCCUUCAAGCGUUAGAUCCCUAGUUGUGUUAAAUUUAUACAAUUAUGGCAGUGGAAGGCAUCCAUGGGGUGAUCUAAGACCUGAGUAUCUCGAAAAGAAAGGCUUUGUUGAAGCCCAUUCAGAUGAUGGCUUGCUUGAAAUAUUUGGUCUGAAGGAAGGUUGGCAUGCUUCAUUUGUCAUGGCCGAGCUUAUCAAAGCAAAGCACAUUGCCCAGGCUGCGGCUAUCAAGUUCGAAAUGAGGGGUGGCGAGUGGAACCGAGCAUAUGUUCAGAUGGACGGAGAGCCGUGGAAACAACCGCUGCUACAGGAGCACUCAACCAUCGUGGAAAUAAACAAAGUUCCGUAUCAUUCUCUCAUGAUAAACGGGGAGUAAUGAGAUUUUUACUCCGUCAACCAGGGUUGCAUUCAUAGAUCGUUAGGAUCGUGUACAGUUCAGGAGCAGCGGGCACUAGAUCCUUAGAACUGGGUCGGACGGACUGCAGCGAGGAUGGCAUGCAUGUUCGUUGGCCUUUUGUCGUGCUAUGGUCGAAGCCAUGGCCGGAGCGUGAUGUGGCACCAUGCAUUGUUGUAUUCGUACCAUAAUAUGUGCGUUGUUGUAUCCUAAGUUCUUUUUGAAGGAAACAUGAUUGAUUUGUUUGUAUUGUAACGUUGUGUCAUUGCAAAAGAAUAACCUGGUGUAAAACUGUAAAAUGUGACAGUCUGCCGUUUGCACAGCCCUGUAGCAUUUUUUUUUUGUUCUUGUUAACUUUUUUUUUAUGAAAGCAUUAACUGAUUUGACUU